AUGAAUAAUAUGAAGAGUGUUCUUACUAAGUACUCUCCCACAUUGCGCCGUGAUUUUCUAGCAAUUCUUGUUAAGCUUUCUGCCAAAAAGCUUCAAACAUACACAGUUCGAAACGAUUGGCGAACAAAAACAGGAAUGUUAGAGUUUCUACAGCGCAAUUGGGAUAGAAUUAGUAAUUUUAUAGAGCAAGAUCCUGCCAUCAACUGGUUUUGCAUUAAUUACACUCCUUUGGAAAAAAUUUUCACAGAUAGAAAAUUUGCUCUAUUUAUACAAGAUUCCUGGGAUGUAGUUGGUAGAAUCUUAUCUAGGCCAGAUGUACUAAUGGUUUUCAAGUAUCAGAUCCCUACAGUUCUCUCUCUCCUUGAAUCCAAAAUUCCGAUCACGAUUCCACAAAUAUGGACUCAAUACCAAGCAUCCAAUGACUUGUUCCAUGUCAUAGAGAUGUACAAAAACGGCGGAGUUCCUGUUUCUCCCCAAGAUCAGUGCGAAAUUCCCCGAUUGGUCACAACCGAGGAAAUCUUUUAUUCGCCUGAUAACAAUUACGAUCCAAACUUCGACAAUUUCGAGAUUGACUUCACUGAUCAAAAUAUUUUUGACCAGUGUUUGUUCCUAGAUGAAUAA